AGUCAAGUCCCUCCCCCUGCCGAUACGCAUCGUUGUAGACUGAUAUCAAAGAUGGCGACUGGAACCGCGUAAAUUGGUGAUUCCGGAGAGACUUACAUAGGCCUAGCUGCACCAGAAGCCACGGACUGCUAUUGCAGUACCUUCCGGAUAACCCAGCACAUAAUCAGCAAUACGAGUUAGAAGAGGUUCCAAAUGUUGGGAGUUAGAGAGACGAGCAAGCCUGUUGAGGAGAAAAGAGAGAUCAUGGCUUUUGAGGAGAUCAAGAAGAAAGGAGUAGUUGAGGUAGGGAUGGAAGGGGAAGUGGGCCUUGUGGCUGGUCGCAGUCAGAGAGAGAAGAGGAGAUCAUACAAGGACCUGCUCAGAGAGGAGGAGGAGAUUGCUGCACAGGUUCGCAAGUCAUCCAAGAAACGGCCCAAGGACUCAGAACCUUUCUUAUUGGGAGGGGACUCUCACAAGAAGAAGAAAAAGCACAGUGAAGACUACUAUUACAGAGACCAGCAAGGCUCAGGCCCACCUCCCCACAAGAAGAAGCGAAAGUCGUCAGACCACUCCCCUUCCCUGUCCUCCUCGUCUUCCUCCCAUCCCACAGACACAGCCAUGGGGCUCCUACAGGCCAUCACCUCCCCAAUGGCCACCGGCUCAGACCCGAGCCCACACCUGCACAAGAAGCCCUCCUACCCUUCCUUCUCUUCCUCCCACUUCUCCAAAGACCGCAAACGUGAUGGGAGCACCGGAGGAAGCAAAGGCAGCCACUCCUCUCAUUCCCGCCCUAUGUCCUCAUCCUCCUCUCAAAAGCACUCCUCCAAGUCGUCGUCUCUGUUCCAUGGUGGUACCGGUACCCCUAAAGGAGAUCUCCUGAACAUACGUGAGCCGGAUGGGCUGAGGAUGAAGCUCAUGGUCUCGCCUAAGGAGAAGGCCGAAGGAGAGGGCUUUCCCUUCCCUCCCCACUCCUCCUCAUCCUCAAAAGGGGGUAAAAAGGAGAAGGACAGAGACCGGAAACAGCUCUCUAAAGUCCCCAAGAAGAUGCAGCAGAGCCGAGAUCCACUGCCUGUUGUGGGGAAAGAAGUGGAGGUGGAGGGGGUAUGGGGGAGACAGCUCCUCCUCGGGGGCGAACUGGAGGCAGGAGAGCUGGUGAUAGACGACUCGUACAAGCAUCUGUCAAAGAAAAAGAAGAAGAGCAAGAAAAGCAAGAAGAAAAAGGAGAAAGAGAAGGACAGAGAGAAAGACAAAGGCGGGAGAGAGAAGAAGCACAGCAAAGGAUCAGGAGGGGACCCAUCGAGAGGCCACACCCAUACCCAUGGCUCAGCCAAUCACUCUGCAGCUGGUGGAAUGUAUGCCAUGGGGGCCCCCAUCCCUACUCCCAUCCUUACUCACCAUCAUCAAAGUAAUGAAGUUGCAAUGAUGGAGAAGAAGAAAAAGAAGGAGGAGAGGGAAAGGGAAAAGCACGAGAAGGAGAAAGAUAAGCCCAAGAAGAAGAACACAACAGCGUACCAGGUGUUCUGUAAAGAGUACAGGGUCAACAUCAAUGCAGAGCAGCCGGGACUAGUGUUUGGGGAGCUGAGCAAAAGGUUGGCAGAGGUGUGGAAACAGCUCCCAGAAAAGAUAAACUGGUAAGUGUGGAAGCAGAAAGCUCAGUACCUGCAGCACAAGCAGAACAAAGCUGAGGCCACCACAGUCAAACGCAAGAGCUCCACAGAUGGUGUCAAAAGCAAAGGCUCUAUGAAGGGCAUGGGGCUGGGAGCAGGGCUGGUGUCCCCCAACCGGGCGUCUGUGGGUGUGUCCCUGUCACCAGCACGGGUCCCUGAUGUCGACCCCAUUGAUGCGGCCGCUCACCUGCAACUACUGGGAGAGUCCCUGUCCCUCAUCGGCCACCGAUUACAGGAGACAGAGGGGAUGGUGGCAGUGUCAGGCAGUCUCUCUGUACUGCUGGACUCCAUCUUGUGUGCCCUUGGACCCCUGACCUGCCUCACAGCACAGAUCCCCCAGCUCAACGGAUGUCCCCGCCAAGUCUUGUCCAACACCUUGGACAACAUUGCCUACAUCAUGCCAGGGCUGUGAAGCCAACAGAAACAUUCCUUUCCCGUCUACUGAGUGUCCUCGCCAUGAAGUAAAACAUUUGGAGUGAGAGUGCCCAUUAUAGAAGCGUGGCUUGGGAUGCAGACAAUUAUUUAUGCAGCAAGGCAUUGGAAAACGUGGAUAUUAUUACUUUCAACAUGUUUUUAAAAUGUAUUUUAAAAUGUGUUAAUUUCCUUAUUAUUAUUUUUUUUCCUGAAACCUAUUUUAAUGAACACUCUUUG